AUGACAGGUAGCGCAGAAUUAGUACUCUCCGAUGGAACGAAACUUUUUUAUAAGGAUUGGGGAUCUGGUGAACCUAUAGUGUUCAGCCACGGUUGGCCCUUGACAUCGGAUGCAUUUGAAGACCAGAUGAUGUCUUUGGCACUGAAAGGGUUCAGGGUGAUAGCCCAUGAUCGUCGAGGACAUGGACGAUCAUCUCAAUCCUGGGAGGACCAUACGAUGGAUCAGUAUGCAGACGAUUUGGCCGAACUUGUCGAACACUUGAAAUUGAAAAAGGCAGUACAUAUUGGACACUCUACUGGAGGGGGUGAAGUGGCUAGAUACAUUGGACGGCAUGGUACUCUGAGAGUUCUGAAAGCUAUAUUAAUUGGUGCCAUUCCCCCACUUAUGAUAAAAACUAAAGAAAAUCCUUUGGGAACGCCUGUUGAGGUUUUCGAUGACAUUAGGAGUAAUGUCUUGAAUGAUCGAUCACAAUUCUUUAAGGAAUUAGCUUCGAGCUUCUAUGGUUUUAACCAAGAUGCAUCAAGCACUUCAAUUGGAUUAAUUGACAGUUUUUGGUUGCAGGGAAUGCAAGGGUCGAUCAAGGCAUUGUAUGAUUGUAUUGGUGUUUUUUCGGAGACAGACCAACAUGAAGACUUAAAAAAGAUGGAUAUUCCGACUUUAGUUAUUUAUGGCGAUAAUGACCAGAUUGUACCCCCUGCUGCAUCUAGUGAGGAGGCAAUUAAGCUUUUACCACAGGCCACAAAGAAGGUUUAUGUUGGGGCAUCCCAUGGUUUAUGUAGCACUCACAAGAAGGACAUCAACAAGGAUAUAUAUGACUUUAUUACUCGAUAA